CAGCCGCUAGCAGCCCAACUCCUGCACGCCACCGGGCAAGCAGGCUUCCCCUCCAACCAUUUCCUCCAUCUGCAUCAACAACGGAGCUUGGCGCAACUUGCAUGUUCUGUUUCUCGAUCGCUGUGUCUGCUUGCCUUGCCGUCCUCGUUUUGAGUGCUGGCCGCAAAUUGCUUCUUCACUCACAAUUCAAUCCAAGGUGGCUCAUUUCCAGCCAUGGCAGUCUCAAGCCAUCCCGUCGAAUCAAUUCGCCUCGCUCUGGCAAGCAUGCUUCACUCCUCUUUCACCAGUCCAACCCAAGCCCGCCACGCGUGAAACCAACCAGGUAAAUUCAGCCGCCGUGAGCCAGACUCGAAGAUUUUUACUCCAGCGAACGCCCCGCCAGUCCUAGAAGUACUCAGCCUGUUUCGCGCGUCAACGAGGCCGGAGCGUCCUGUUAUCUAGCCUAUAAACUUCCCAGCCGCGACUGACGGUCCGCUUCCCCGUGUUGGCGACGGCCUCCGUCUCCAUUGGCAUUACCACCACUCGGCGGACCUUGAACCUGGAAAAAUCCGUUUCCGCGUUAUCCGCCCCGCGUUGUCCGCCUCUCGGCGGGUACUAUCGCUGACCAAGACUCCGCGUCAAGCGCUUCUGGGCCAAGACACUGUCAUCUCCUCAGGACCCAAUUACCAGCAAAUCCCAGACCCAGCCGAGCCUCCGUGGGCUCGUCAGAAUCGAAGUACCUAGCGCGCCGACUCGUUCUACCGACCCAGCCUCGCACGACCCAUCCGCACACGACCCAGCCGCACACGACCCAGCCGCACACGAACCAGCCGCACACGAACCAGCCGCGCACGAACCAGCCGCACUCGAACCAGCCGCACACGACCGCUAAGUGCUAAGCGAGCCGUCGUCGGUCGCGCAAGCCGCUCUAGCUUUAGGAUUGAUUUAUGGGCCGCCGUCGGUCGCUCCGGCAUCGCGUGCAUAUCCUAUCGCACGGCCUCCGUCUCGCGGAACCGCCGCAUGAUACUUCUUCCGGGCACGACGUGAACGACCGCGACGGCGACGCGCAACACCCGCUGCUGCCGCCGUCGCCUUUCCCGCCCAACGGCACCGCCGGCGGCAACAACGGGACAGGCUACUACUCCUCCCGCGAUGACGACGCUUUUAAUGGAACAGCUGUUACGGGGACAACUCCGCGAAACAGCAGCAGCAGCACGACUGGCGGAAAAACGGACCACGACGAUGGUCACGACGACCAUCCGUAUCCGAAACCCGAUAGUAGCAACGGCGACGGGUCAUCUGCCGGCGACGCGGGCUCCGGCGGCUCCUCGUCGUCUCUGCGAAUCGUGUCGGAAGUCGCGCUGUCUGCAGUGAUCGUCGUGCUCGUCGUCGUCAUCGUCCUCGUCGCCAUCCGUCGCAUCCGCUGGCAAAUCGCGCGAAUCUACGGCCGCCGCGGCCGCCGCCGCAACAACCCCGCGAACGGCGCCGGGCCCAACGGCGACCCCGGCGCCGCCGCCGCCGCUGCUGGCGGGGGGCGGUGCCCGACGUGCCGCGGGCUCGACAGCGCGGCUAUAGACACCGUGGGGCACGUGCUAGUGUUCGGCAAGAAUCCCCUGUGUCCGGGAGCGGGGGGCGCGGCGGAGGGAUUAAUAUUCAAGGACGGCGGCGAGGAGGUGGAGGAGGAUAGGUGCUCGUGCGGGUCGGCGGUUAGUGGGCGGGGGAAAGGGACGGGGGAGAGCGGGAAGGGCGAGGCGGGGGCGGAUGCGGAGCACGCGGAGGAGGAGCGGGUGGGUGAUGCGGUGACUGUUGUUGUGGGAGAGGAGGGAGAGGGGGAGAAAGAAAGGGAGGAAGGGGAGAGGGACGAAGUACGGGAGGAAGGAGAAGCGAAAGAAAGGGAGGGAACUGUGGAGGAAGGAGGGAAUGAAGGAGGGGAGGUAGCAGGGGAGGUAGGAGGGGAGAUCGCUGAGGGAACAGAGCAGAAGGAAGGAAAGAGGGAAGAGGAGGAGGUGGAAGAGAUACGAGAAGAUGACAAAAUGCGAGAAGAUGACGACAUACGAGAAAAUGGCGACAUUCAAGAAAACGGCGAGAUUCGAGAAAACGGCGAGAUUCGAGAGGAGGGCGAGACGUGCGAGGGUGCAGAGGGCCGAGGGAGAGAGGCGUGCGAGGACGGAGCGAGCGACGUGUGGGUGGAGGAUCCAGCACAGUCCAUCUCCAUCUCCGUGUCCGUGGACGCCACGUGGCUCACGGAGUGCGCCGUGUGCCUGUGCGAGUACGAGGAGGGCGACGUUCUGCGCUCCCUCGACUCCUGCCACCAUAUCUUCCACCAGACGUGCAUAGACGAGUGGCUGCUCACCUGUGGCUCCUGCCCGCUCUGCCGCUUCUCCUUCACUGCCGACUGGCCGCCGCCUCUCAUGCCCUCCACCUCCGCGGGCGCCGCCUCUGCCGCCUCUCUCACAGACCCGCCUUUCAGCCGGUCGGUGAGCGGGCCUAUCACCGGGCACACCAGCGGCGGUAUGGGUCUGAGUGGGCCCUUGAGUGCCGCUGACAGGGCUGUUUCCGGGCCCAUGCCUCGGCAGUCGAGCGAGGAUAUGGCGGUGGGAAGUGGUGGUGUCUCCACCGGUCUUCGCAGAGCGGCUUCUUCAGACGGGCCCAACAGGUCAUCAGCAGCAGCAUUCUCUGCUGACAGUGCGUCUUAUAGCUCCUCCUCUUUCACCACCUCGUACUACGACUUUUAUGGCUCCUGGCCGUCCACUGCAACCUCGUCCGCUGCUACCUCGUCUGCUGGCUCUUACGGCCCGGCCGCGCCCCCUGCUACUGCUGCUGGUGGAGCGCUGGAUUCGCCACGACUUGCUGGUUCGGUGCAGGGUUCGCGAGCUGGGGUUCCCUCGGCAGGGUCCCAUGGCGAGGCAUCAGGUUCGGCAUCAGCUUCGGGGGGGGGUGAGGUAAGAACAGGGGCGUUGGAACCUGUGGCAGAGGAUGGGGAGGAGGUGUCGUCAGCGGUGUAUCCUAUGGGCCCACUUGGCAGUGUAGCAGCGGUUGUGCACGCCGAGGGGCUGAGAGGGAGUGGGAGGGCAGGGGAGGGCACGUCAGGGGCAACAGCAGCAGCAGGAGCAGGAGCAGCAGGAGCAGGAGCGGUAGGAGCAGGAGCAGCAGGAGCAGGAGCAGCAGGAGCAGCAGGAGCAGGAGCGGCAGGAGCAGGAGCGGCAGGAGGAGAAGCAGGAGUGGGAGGUGACGAGCACGGGCAUCAUGGGCACCACCGGUGGGAUCACAUGCGGGAAAGCCUGAAAGAGGGCGUGAAGUGGCUUAUGCAGAGCGACAGGGAGAGGGAGGGAUGGGAUGACGACACGGAUUACUAUUACUCGUGGUGACGUCGUGUGAUGCUCCCUCUGUGGAAGGGGGAGAUUUUCGCCAUGCCUCCUCUUUUUUUUCUGCGUUUUGUGGCGCUUCGAGAAUAGAGUUUGCGCCAUGCAUUUUGUCGCCUGCCUUGAGCGAAUGUUUGGAUGCUAGGCCACGUGUAGUACACAUUUUGUACGGCGUGCUUCCUGUAUGCCUAGCAAGCUUUGUGCAGAAAAGCCUGAGCUGGAAACGAGAAUAAAUGGAAUGGACCAAU